GAUUUGCUGUCGUGCAUUUCCUCUAAAACCCACCACUUCCAGAGCAGUCAACACAACCCCAAUUUCCAAAUUUCCAAUCUCUCCCUCUCUGCUCCCUUCCCAUUAAAAAUUUGGGUUCUUUUUUGCGGAUUCAAAUAUUUAGAGGAGGAUUUACACUUCCGUCUUUCGAUCCGAUUUAAAGGGCUGCCAAGGAUUUCGCCGUUGAUCCAAGCUGUGGCGGCGAUUCUUCCCGUCGAGGUGGUCGCGCUUGUUGCAUCGACGUCGUUUGUGGCGGCCGGAGAGGGAUGCGAAGCCGGCGAUUGCGGUUGGCUAUACCCUCUUUUGCGGCCUUUUCUCUCCGAUCCGAUCUUUCGCUCCUGAUCUGAAUUUGGGGGAAAAAAAAAUUAGGGUUGGUUCCGUUGUUUGGGGCUGAUAGUCAUCGUUGGAAGGUUCGGCAUUUCCGGUGCUUGAGUCUUAUCGAUCUGCUCUGUCUUUGCGCAAGUCGUACAGUUUAGCAUUGAAGGAAAAAUUGAUUUGUUCAACUGAAAUGUCCUUCAAAAGCAUUGUGCGUGAGCUCAGAGAAAUGAAAGAUGGAAUUGGAAAUAUGUCGAGGCGAGUGGAGGGGAAGCAUUGGUUGCGUGGCAGAACAAGAACACAUAUUGCCCCUGACCAAGGUACCCCAGUUGAAUCCAUUCAUCAGGGUCCAUGGGCAAAUCUACCGCCUGAAUUGAUCUUGGAUAUUAUCAAGAGGGUAGAAGCAAGCGAAACCUCAUGGCCUGCCAGGAAUGUUGUCGUUUCUUGCGCUUCUGUUUGUAGGUCAUGGAGGGAAACUACAAAAGACAUUGUGAAGACUCCAGAAGAAUGUGGAAGACUUACCUUCCCUAUUUCAUUGAAGCAGCCUGGGCCACACGAAUUGCCAAUACAGUGCUUUGUUAAAAGGGAUAGAGCGACUUCUACAUAUUAUCUGUACAUUGGUCUGACUCCUUCUGAGGGCGAGCGGGAUAAAUUGUUGUUGGCAGCCAGAAAAAUCAGAAGGGCAACAGGCACGGACUUUGUGAUAUCUUUAACCGCAAAUGAUUUUUCCAGAGCCAGCAAUACAUAUCUUGGAAAAUUAAGGUCUAAUUUUUUGGGUACGAAGUUCACCAUAUAUGACAGCCAACCUCCAUGUAAUGCUGUAGUUCAACGACGUAGCAAGUCAAGCCGGAGAUUCCAUUCUAAGCAGGUGUCUCCAAGAUUACCUGCAUGUAACUAUAGUGUGGGUACCAUCUCCUAUGAGCUCAACGUCCUCCGCACAAGGGGACCUAGGAGAAUGCACUGUGUCAUGCAGUCUAUUCCUAUCUCUUCUAUUCAGGAGGGAGGGACUGCACCAACACCAUCAUCGUUUGCACACCCCUUAGACGAGCACUAUUCUUCCUUGCCAGCCUUGGUAGGGAAAGAUUCAGUUGCAGAUUCCUGCACCCUGAGCCUCUCAGAGACUCCAGAAUCUAUCCAGGAUAUAGUUGAGCCGCUGAUUCUUAAAAACAAACCUCCCAGAUGGCAUGAACAGCUACAGUGCUGGUGCCUAAAUUUCAAAGGGCGUGUUACGGUGGCGUCUGUAAAAAAUUUUCAACUUGUGGCAGCGGUUGAUCCUUCCCACAAUAUUUCGGCUGCAGAGCAAGAAAAAGUAAUUUUACAGUUUGGAAAGAUUGGAAAGGAUAUCUUCACAAUGGAUUAUCGCUACCCACUCUCUGCUUUCCAAGCCUUUGCAAUUUGUUUGAGCAGCUUUGAUACCAAACCAGCUUGUGAAUGACACCAAUGUUGCUCCUCAAUCAUGGUCAUCAGUUGCUUAAUUGCUUCCCAUAAGCGGUGAAUUUAUAUAUUUUCUGUUUUAGAGAGCUCAAUGUGCAUGGCCAUAUGUCAACUGAGAAUCAUAGCUGUGCAGUCAGUAGUUUGUCUGAUAGGGCCUCAGAUCAUAAAAUUUAUGUUGUAUCUUAGUUUUUUUGGUCCAACUCAAAUUUCCUUAUCUUGCUUUGGUGACAUUUUUCAGAAGAUUAACAAAGAAAAACGAAAAGGCCUGCAGGUUGUAUGA